AUGGAUCCCGUCAGCGAAAACAAAGACAAUGCAAUACUCAACCGCCGAAAAUAUCUUCCCGACUCAAACACCCCCACAGAACACGAUGGAUUAGAGCAAGAACCCGAGAAGAAGGCAGAGAAAACUGAUCUUCAAGUUGUGGAAGAACUCUUCAAUGAUGUUGGUGGCUUCCGUGCGGAAUUUCCAUUCAAGUUUGAGAAUGUUCAGGAACAGCAAAUCGAAGUCACCCGGCUGGUUGUCGCAGCAGCACUUGGACAACAUAAAAUCGUGAAGGAGCUUCUUGAAGAAGCAAAACAAAUGUCCGAAGAAACAAUCACAGAACAGUCAAUGGCUUUCUUCAUCGCCUCUCAGGAAGGCUACCUUGAUAUCAUGAAAACCAUUGCAGAAAUCAGAAAUGACGGGCAAUUAUCUCAUUUGCUGAAGACGAGACAAGGACCCUUUUAUCAAACACCAUUACUUGUCGCUUCGUGGAAAGGUCGGCUUCAAGUCGUCGAAUAUUUAUUGAAUAUUGGGGCAGACCUCAAUGACAAAGACAGCACAGAAGACACGGUUCUUCAUUUAGCUGUGAUGACCAAACACGGCUGCGACGUUAUCGAGAUUUUACUCCAGCAUGAACCCAGCCUGCUUGACAAACCUGACAGGGAUUAUCGGACACCCUUGUUAAGAGCAUCUGUCCAUGGCCACAAAUCCACCCUCGAAGCUCUGUGUGGGUAUGGUGCCACAAUAGAAGCACUUGAUGAAACCAAAAAUACAGUCUUGCACCAUGCAAUCGCAGGAAACUCUCUCGAAUGCGCCAAAUAUGUCCUCGAUCAGAAACCUGACCUGUUGGAUAAGAAAAACCAAUACGGCGAGACUGCUCUAAUAUUAGCCUCACGGGUUCGGAUGUCUAAUAUUCCUAAUAUUGUGGAUCUCCUUCUUCUUGGAAAAGCAGAUUGUACGAUAGUGGACGAGGACGAUAUGACAGCCUUACACGUGGCUGCACGAGAAGGUCAACUGGGCAUCGUUAAAUCCCUGUUAAGGGCAGAUCGGGCACCUUUGGAAAUGAGAAACGCAAACUCAGAGACUCCCCUUCUCGUGGCCUCAGCCAAUGGACGUGUUGAUGUUCUCGAACAUCUAUUGGAGCAAAAAGCGUCGCCAGCGGCUCGAGAUAAAAAGGACCAGACCGCACUUCACAUUGCCGUUACGGAAGGCCAUUUCACCAUGGCGAAAGCUCUGGUUAGGCAGAAAAACAUUCUCAACCUGACAAAUGACAGGAAAGAGACAGCUUUGAUCGUUGCAGCAUUGAAGGGAAAUCUUCAGAUCGUUGAAUUCUUAACCCAAAGUGGGGCGGACGAUACAAUCCAAGACGAACGGGGUGAGACAGCACUGCAGGUGGCAGCAAACAAUGGGUAUCUUGAAAUUACCCAGCACCUCCUUGAUAAUUGUUCCGUUGAGAUACACGAAAUCUUAGAGCUUGAGAAUUCCAAGGGUUACACACCGAUUGUCACUGCUGUCUAUAACCGAGAACUAGAGAUUGUUGACUACCUCAUCAAGAAAGGCGCAAAUAUUCAACACCGGGACAAAUGGGGACGUAACGUGUUGACCAACGCUUACUUAAAGGGAGGGGACACUGAUACAACAGUGGAACUCCUGGAGUCGUUACUAAAGAGACGAGUGGAAAUUACUCCAGAUCAUGAGGGGAGGAAUAUUUUGCACUAUGCAUGUUAUGCAGGAGCUCACAAAGCCAUUCGGACAAUUCUCAAUUGGUCUUCUGAUGAUUCCAAAAAAGGCUCAAGUGCGCAACAAGCGACCGCGGGAGCAGCAGCAGCGAAAGACAGCUAUGGAGAUACGCCGUUAGCCGAUGCCGUAGCUGAGACACACAUCCUUGCCAUUCUGGAAUUUUUGAACUCGAAACUUUGCUUUCCUGAAUCACCAUGUACAGAUAUGCCAUUUCUGUGCCCAGAUGAGGAUGUUGAGAACGUUUCCGAUGUUCUAUUGAAAUUCUUACUUCCAGAUUGUGAAUUUACCAUGGAGGAGCAGAAGGAGUUCGAACAACGCCGAGAAUCUGUGCUUUACUGGGCGAUUCUCAACGGGCAGGAGCGGUUGAUUAACACUUUCCUGAAGGUGAAUACCGAUGUUUCAUGGGACAAGAUACGGAAUGUUUCACUGAUGCAUGUGGCCGCUCUUGGAGGUCAAACUCAUAUCAUACAACCAAUGCUUGAUCGCAUGCUUGAAAGUCAACAGUUUCAAUUAGAAACCGGAAAAGGAAGAAUCACCGCACUUCACCUUGCAGUGAAGCAUAAGCACAUGGGACUUGUUGAGUUGAUCUUGAAAUGGCUUGACAAUGCGAGGAGUACAGUCACCCAGAUCCAAAAGGACACUCAAAGCCCUCAAAGAUGCAUUGACCCAGUAUUAACAGCUAUUAUCGAGACUACUGAAAAUGAGGAAACGCCGUUGUCACUUGCAGCAUUUGGUGGCACUGAUACACAUGGUGACAUCGAAGAAGUCUUGUGGAAAUACCUGCUUAACUGUAUAGACGCGACACCGAAUUUCUUUUCUCUCUCUCUAACCGAAGAAGCACAGCGUGUCCUGGAAGUGGCGGCGCAAGUUGAGCCCCCAAGAGAGGAACAUUAUCUACGAGGAUUCCUUAGGAAGUUACCAACUGGAUUCGAUGGGCCACCUGAGGGUUCCAACACCCUAUAUCUGGCCGUCUAUCACCGAUGCGCCACAGUGCUCUGGUGGCUUCUUUCUAACGGAGGGUAUACCAGCGAGGUUGACAUUAAGAAAGGUCUUGAAAUUUCGUCGAAGAGAAUCGGCCCAAGCGAUUGGCUUGACAAGAUAAUUGUUGAUCUUUUAAGAGACCCCCCGCCGGUUCAAAACACCGAGGUCGCAGGGAUGGACCAUCAUGAGCCAAGAUUCACAGCAGCAAUCCCCAAGCACGUUGAGAUGGAAGGAAACAUAGUAGACCUUCUCGUCGAUGAAGAACAAGAGAUAACUUUCAGCUUCAAGUACCGCCCAAUAUCUGAAAUAAUUUAUACAGACGGGCCUAAGAAGAUCAUGACGGCAAAGGAUCGAGACCUACAUUCGCUCAAAGAGAAAAUUGCAGCACGAGAUGAUAAAGCUGGAAUUAUCAAAGUUCGCAAACUAAAGUCUAAGUCGCCAUCCCGACAGCAGAUGGGUAUCGAUUCAAGUGCUCCUCUUCCUGGUUCGGUCAAGGAGGCCAGAAAAGUGGGAUAUGAGGAACAGAAAGGAGGCCAGGGAAUCGAGCAAGAAAAGCAACGUGGCUUAAGAUGGAUACAUAUUCCAGAAAACAAUACUAAUGCAACUAUUAACCCUUCUAAGGACCUGAUGGUUCGAAUUUCUCUUGAUAAGGGUAUCAAAAAUAAAGACCACCGCCCGUUAGCUCGAUUCGUCAGGAAAAGUUGGGCUGAGCUACCUGCCGGAAGAAUGAAGGCUUACAUGAAGCCUCAAUGCGUGUACGACAAUGAGGUGUCAUGGAAAUCUCCAGGGAAGAAAGAAGAAGGCGCCUCCAAGCAAUGGCUGCACAGUGGCAAGCGAGUGGCAUUAUAUGUGCGUUAUCUGGUUAUCCCUGUCAAAGGGUUCUUUCUGUUGCUGAUUAUUCUGCAGAUGCCAUACAUUUCAUGGGACAGAUGGCCUGAACGAGUAAACAGUGAUACGAUGGCCCCUGUUGAAGUAGUCACCCGAAUUGCUCCAAAAGAAGCUGUAGUCCACGAGGCUAUGACUCUUGACCAAUACUACUACACGUCGCUCAAGAAUACAGACAUGAGAGAUAGGGAUCAAGCCAUAUGGCGUCUUCUGGUUAAUGAGCAUCUUUCAAGGAAAAAAGGAAAACGGGUAGAAGAGAAGCUUGAUGGAGAGAAGUCUGAAUGGCGAGAGAGGCUAUACAGAAAUAGGCAUGAUAACGCAAAAAAUGUGCCUAAGACCAAAGAGUUGCCUGAUAAACCCGCUAUUGACAGUGACGCUGCUGCCUUCAAGAUUCUGACAGUGGAUCAGCUCUGGCUCUGGAUUGUUGAUGAAAGUAUGUUUUACCUUAUGUUCGAUGAAAAUCAAAUCCCUGCUGACGAAAAAAAAAAAAAAGAAACCAUUAUCACCAGCACAACUAAGAAGUCAGACGGGAUAAAGAGAAGCUUUUUCCAUAAGGUUCUUUCUGCUAUCAGAGCCCAAGAAAAGAAUACCCAGUUGUCAAUCGGAUAUCUGACAGAGAUGAUUCUUAUGACAGCAACAGGGUCUUUUAACAGAAAAGACAUCGAGAUAUUUGAACUUGAAAAAUCUCCAUUGGACAUCUAUCGAGAGUCUAUAUUGAAUGCUCGUGAGAUUGAGACUGCCCUAUUCGAUGAAUUUAGAAGUUCCCUCCCACAAAGUAACCAGAAGAAGGAAGAUUUGGCGCCGGUGAUGUCAGAUCAAGAGUUGUCUGAUAACGCAAAAAGACAGAAAGCGUGGUGUCAUGAUCUCCUCCACAGAAGACGUUCUCGGUCAAAGGUAUUACCAGGAGAAAAGACGGCCCGGCAAAUGCAACACCAAAAGGACAGAGAACAAAACAAUCAAGUUGAGGCUAGUUCUGAGACAUCGCAGAACCAGUUCGGAGAUAUUGCUCGCGAGGCAGAUCUGCUGCGAGAAGUGAAGGACAUAAUUGAUGAGCUCAAUAUGUUAAAAAAUUUAGCUGAAGAUCAGGAAGAUGUUUGGCAGCAGGUCUGGAGCUUGGGAAGAAACCCUUAUGCAUCUUUCACCUACGACACCCCUACCGAGGUCAAGGAUGACAUUAGCGAGAUGAUCAACGAGGCCAAAUCUGUUCAGCAAGCUAUUGAUACGCUACUUGAUCUGAAGCAGAAACAGGCUAAUAUUGCUGAAGCUCAAAGUACUCGCAAGCAGAGUGACACUGUCAUGGUAUUCACUGUGAUAACCAUUCUCUUCCUUCCUGCUUCUUUCCUGGCUAGUAUUUUUGCGCUGAAUGUUUCCGACUACCCGCAUGAAAAUGGCAGCGUCACUUAUAAAGGAUGGUGGAUAUUUCCUAUCAUCAUCUUUGUCUCUCUUGCUAUAUCAGGAAUCUUUUCUGUUAUUGCAUUCUAUUGGAAUACAUGGAAGGAAAUCUACAACAGGUGGAAAAAAGGCAGAGAGCUAAAAAAGAAGCAGGAAAAGGACGCAACAAAGGAAGCUCUAAGGGAAGCUUUAAUGAGAAGCAAAGAUGAGAACGUAUAG